AUGAACAGCGACGCCAACAAUCUCGCUCGUGGAUCCGAUGGCGCCCGUUUUACGCUGCGUGCGCAGGAUAAACCGCUCGGUUUGCAUUCGAAGGGCGGCUCCCAAACCACCGAGUGCCGGGAUGUCCACCACAUCCGUGACCAUGCCACCGCCCACGACAUUUGCCUUUUCGUCAAAACCAACUGCGAUGAUGAACAGCCGGGACUCAUACCCUACCUGACGUUAUAUUACUGCACGUUUUUCUAUGCGCGGAUUGCCGGAUUCACCUUCUUGAUCACAUGGCUAGGCCUCCUAUUCUCGACCAUUGGCAUCGCUGCCAGCGACUUCUUCACGCCCAACCUACAGACAAUUGCUGGUGUUCUGAGCAUGCCCGAGAAUCUAACCGGAGUCACCUUCUUGGCCGUCGGAAACGGCUCCCCGACCUUUCACUUCAUCACAGCCAUUGUCGCCGGGUCAAUUGUGAUGAUUUCCGAGUUCAAGGUCGACAAGCACAGCUUUGUGAGGGACCUCGUCUUCUUCAUCGUCGCCGUCUGCCUCACGCUUACCUUCCUCCUCGACGGCCACCUACACUUUUUCGAAUGUAUCAUCAUGAUCGCCUAUUACGCAUUCUACGUCAUAUUCGUGACUGGAACACAUUGGUACUCGUCGAGACGGCUGCGGCGGGCGGCGCAGGCAAAGGACAGGGCUCGGGCUGUCGAGGACGCGCUUGAGGCGAACGCCGAGAUUGCGGACAAUAUGCGUGUCCGGAGACCUACCAUCAGCCGCCGCCCGACGUCGGCCUUUAUCAGGCCUAGUUUGGUCGGUGCGCUAGAGCUGAACUCCGCGCUGGAGCACUUCAAGAAGGAGAGCGGAUCGCAACAAGACUACAUUGGCCAUAUUCGCCGCCACUCGGUGCAAAAUAUGCCGGAGGCGGCCAGGUUCCGCGCAGAAGCUCCCACAGGACCCAUGAUUGCGGUGGAUACGACGUCGCCACCCUCCCGGGAGCGAGCGCAUUCACACACGGGCAACGUUGUGGACGCCCUAGCUCACAGCAGCGAGCCUGCGCUCCCAGCACAGAUCCUGGAGCUCCGACACGAAACCGCAGCAGGGUCCCCCGGCACCUCGCGCGCUCCUUCGAGGGCGGCAAGUUCCACGCGAUCCUUCCAGCUCGAUGGGAACUUGGCUGUGCCGCCCAGCUGGGGCGAGAAAACUGUUGCCGAUGCCUUUAUAAGUGUGCUCUCGGUCCCAAGCGUAUUUUUGCUGUCCAUCACGUUGCCGGUUGUGGAUCCCCGUGGUUCCGAGACGGAAGAAACGUCAGACUGCGCAGCCAACUCGGAGGAGCGAGCCCGGGUGGCAUUACGUGGGAGACGAAUGGGAGCUGUUUCGCGAGCACAGACGAAACACUGUGACGUCGCGCCCGACGCUCAACUACAGAUCCCCGGCCGAAGAGGUGGUGCGGGCCUUGAAGUGGUCGCUUGGGGGUCCGGCCUCUUGUUCCUCACUAUUUUGCUCAGCACUAGGGCGGACCAGAAGCCUCGGUACUUUAGCCUCUUGUGUUUCCCAGGGUUCCUCGUGAGCGUCUCAUGGAUCGCCAUGAUUGCGGGCGAGGUGGUUGGGGUGCUCAAGGCGAUUGGGGUGAUUUGGGGGAUAUCCGAAGCGAUUUUGGGGCUCACCAUCUUUGCGGCGGGGAAUAGUGUGGGCGACUGGGUGUCUGAUUACACCAUUGCGAAGCUGGGGGCGCCAGUGAUGGCAUUUUCGGGCUGCGUCGGUGGUCCCAUGCUCAACAUUUUACUCGGCAUCAGCAUGGGCGGUCUCAUCGGCAUGACUUCCAAGGCUCGGCGCAAGCACGAGAAGCACCCUAACCGACCCAUCGUGUACGAGCCCUAUAAGAUCCAGAUUAGCGGCAGCUUGGUGGUGUCGGCGGCGACGCUGCUGGCGACCCUUCUUGCGCUUCUCGUGUUCGUUGCACUCAAUCAGUGGGUGUUUAGUAAAAGGCUGGGGAUGGGCCUCAUCACACUGUGGUGCGUGAGCACCAGCAUCAAUCUCGUGAUUGAGAUACUGGGGGUGUGGAGCGAAGUCUCCACGUGA